AUGAGUGGGUCCUUCCAUUGCUUCUACUACCUUCAAUCUAAAAUCCAAACUAAGCAGCAGGAGCUGCUUACCUUGGUUCCUCCUCCUCGACCUCGUGUCUCAUGUUUAUCGUUGUCGUCGCCGCAUGUAAAGGGUCUGAGUCUGAGGUUUGCAAGGGUACUGAGAGAUGGUCAUAAAAUCAAUGUACGAUGCAGUAGCAGCACUGGACCUGGUGGCCCUGGUUCCGAUGACUCUGAUAGCAAGAGUGUUCUGGAUGCAUUUUUCUUGGGAAAGGCUCUAGCAGAAGCAAUUAAUGAGCGUGUUGAAUCUGCAGUUGGGGAGUUUUUUAGUACAAUUGGCAGGCUCCAAGCAGAGCAACAAAAGCAAAUACAAGACUUCCAGCCAUUGGAUCUUGUGCAGGAAGAUGUGUUAGAAAGAGCUAAAAAAUCAAAAGACCAAGCAGCUCGUGAAGCCAUGGUGGGGCAAGGAAUCAUUUCCGAGUCUACGACAGUAGAUACAACAUCAGUCAACCAUGGUGUUAGCCAGCCACCUUCACCAUCUGCCAAGAAAGGUUCAAAUCCUGCCAACAAGGACCCUGCUUUAGGGGUGUCAAGUGAUGACUGA